CCUGCUACAAAUAGACCAUCUCCUUCCGGGUCACAUCUCAAGUGCUCUUUCAAGUCGAACCCCAGAUAUCAACAGAUUAUCGACACUCUCCACAGACAACAUAACAGCAAAAAUGUCGGUACCAAGCACGGAAAUCGAGAGCCAUGCCAAGUCCAUCAAGGUCGCCAUCGUAGGUGCCGGCUCCGUUGGUGUCACCACCGCCUACGCCCUCCUCCUCAGCCAUCUCGCCGCCGAGAUCGUCCUCAUCGAUAUCGAUAAGAACCGCGCCCUCGGCGAGGUUAUGGACCUUUCACACGCCGCCCACUUCGCGCACGCCAAGGUCAGCGUGGGCGAGUACGAAGACUGCGCUGGUGCCACGGCCGUCAUCAUCACCGCCGGCGUCAACCAGAAGCCCGGACAGACGCGCAUGGAUCUGGUCAAGACCAACUACGGUCUGUUUGAGCAAAUCGUACCGCAGAUCGCCAAGCACGCGCCCAACACGAUCCUGAUCGUGGCCACCAACCCCUGCGACGUGCUGACCAAGGCCGCGUACGAGCUCAGCGGAUUCCCCGUCCAGCGCGUCAUCGGCUCAGGCACCGCCAUGGACACCACCCGCUUCCGCCACGAGCUCGGCAAGCACUACGGCGUCAACCCGCGCAAUGUGCACGCCGUCAUUGUCGGCGAGCACGGCGACAGCCAGCUGCCCGUGUGGUCGCUCGCCAGCAUCGCCGGCAUGCGCCUGGAGGACUACUGCAAGCAGAAGGGCAUCGUGUACGAUGAGGAGGCUAUGGAUGCGCUGAGCAAGCGCACGCGCGAGGCGGCUUAUGAGAUUAUCCAGAGGAAGGGAAAGACGAACUACGGUGUGGCAAGCGUACUGGUGAGCAUCUUGGAGCCUAUCAUUACCAAUGCCGAUCAGCUGGUUACCGUGUCAAGAGUGGGUGACUAUGCCGGCGUGGAGGGUGUGGCGCUUAGCAUGCCGUGCAAGCUGAACAGUAAGGGAGCGCAUCAGGAUGUGGAGCUGUUGUUGAAUGAGAAGGAGAAGGAGGCGUUGAGGAGGAGUGCUACGAGUAUCAAGGAGUGCUUUGAUACUGUUGCCAAGAGAGAGUAGGUUGAUUUCUUGGUCACGGUGAGGAUUCAUCUCCGGGACCUUCAUGGCGCUUCUUUCUCUUCUUGAUGUUGCUUUGUUUCAAAGUAAUUUUGCUGUUUCAUGGAUUGUU